CAAUAAUAAAUCCAAGCGUGUAAAACGAAUCUCAUUCUACUCAGAAGAAGCAUUAGAAUCAUAUCAAUCUUCUUGAAGAGGGGUUUGUCGGAUUCGUUGUCCUGCAUCAGUUGUUCUAUCCAGUCCUGGUGCUGAUUUUAGUGUGCGCAUAUAAACAUAGACCGGGAGCCCGCCAGAUCACCAUCUCUCCAUCUCCACAAACAGAACUUCCCCAGAACUUCCCGUCCACACCAGACAACCACAAAUAUGGAACCCAACUCCAAAUCCAAAGCCUCUCUCUUCGAUGUCUACCUGCGACUCCGCCCGCCACCAGCAGGUCAACCCAUCUCCGACCGUUUCCUCACCGUUGAAGAAACAUCCGAAGAUACAGCACCUACACACAUAACCCUUAACCCACCGAACGACAACCGCAGACGCGCAAUCGAGAAAUUCGCUUUCACGGAAGUCUUCGAGGAGGAAUCUACACAGCUUGAUUUGUUCCAAGGGACAGGAGUAUUACCGCUUGUCGAGGGUGUUCUAGGUCCACAGGGUGGUGAAGGGAGAGAUGCGCUGCUUGCUACAUUGGGUGUUACAGGGAGUGGGAAGAGCCACACAAUUUUAGGAUCGCGCACCCAACGCGGCAUGACCCAACUGGCCCUCGACCUCCUGUUCCGCUCUAUCUCCCACAACAUUCUCGAUCCCAGCACAUCGACCUCUCUACACGCAACAGUAGCUGCCUCUGACCCAUCCGAGGCACAGGUAAUGUCCGCGCAAAUGUUCCUCGACACCAUGUUUGCCGACCCAGCAGCCGCCUCGCGCGCAAGCUCUAGAGCUCCAACCCCAAUGGGCGAAACAUCCUACAUCCCACCUACACCACGACGAAAUGUCCUGCAGCGGCCUUUGGCUCUGCCACAAAGUCCAGAUAUCAGCAGUUUGACAGUGAAUGUUGACCCGAACGCUGAAUAUGCGAUCCUUAUCUCUAUGUACGAGGUCUAUAAUGACCGGAUCUUCGACCUCCUCACACCCGCUAUUCCAGGCAAAUCCGCAAAAGACUUCCGACGGAGACCCCUCCUCUUCAAAUCCACUGAGCAAUCACCCGACCGCAAAGUCGUCGCCGGACUGCGCAAGAUUAUCUGCGGCACUAUGAAAGAAGCGCUCAUGGUCCUCGAAGCCGGCUUGCACGAGCGUCGAGUCGCAGGCACAGGCUCAAACAGUGUGUCAAGUCGCAGCCAUGGGUUCUUCUGCGUGGAAGUCAAGAAGCGGAGAAGGGGGAGGGUGGUCCAUCCAUGGGGAGGAAGUGCGCUGACAAUUGUUGAUCUGGCGGGGAGUGAGAGGGCGAGAGAUGCGAAAACGCAGGGUGCAACCCUAGCAGAGGCAGGAAAGAUCAAUGAGAGUUUGAUGUAUCUGGGACAAUGUUUACAGAUGCAGUCAGAUCUGGCCUCUUCGGCAAAGCCUAACCUCGUCCCUUUUCGCCAAUGCAAACUCACAGAACUCCUUUUCUCAAAUUCCUUCCCAUCACCCACGCCCACGCCCUCACACCAAAGUUCCUCCUCCUCAUACUACAGCACCCACCACCAAAGCCACCCACCCCCUCGCAACCCCCAGAAAGCAGUCAUGAUCGUAACAGCCGACCCUCUCGGCGACUUCAACGCCACCUCCCAAAUCUUGCGGUAUUCCGCCCUCGCGCGUGAAAUCACUGUCCCACGAAUCCCCUCAGUCAGCUCAACUAUCCUCGCCCAAUCUACCGCCUCCCACUACUUCUCACCCCGCUCACCACCGUCCGACACGGACCGCUCGACCAUGGAAAUUGCCGCCCUAGAAAUCGCACGUAUGUCUGAAGAAAUCGACGGGCUUCGCGCUGAGCUGCUUUCUGCUCACCAGGUAAGGCUGGAGAUGGACGCGCAUCUCGAGAGUAUGGCCGAGAGGAUGAAUGAGCUCGAGAUGGAGGUUAGAGAGGAGUGUUAUACUGAGAUGGAAGUUCGACUACAGGAUGAAGUUUCCAGGUGGAAGGCGCAGUGGCAGGCGGAGCAGGAUAGGAAUGAUGAGCAUAUGGAUCGGAAGCUGGAGAUCUAUACGAGGAGUAUUGAUGCUGCUGAUGUGGAGCCCGUCUAUCAUGGAAACGGAAAUGAUGCAGGAGAAGCAGAGGAGGAUAAGGAAAACCAACAUUCAGGCCCCGGUGAGAUCGAUAACCUACAGAUCGAGAACGAACGCUUAAGAAGAGAAGUCGAGAUCCUGAAGCGUGAGCUGGCGUGUAAGAGCCCUAGCAAAGGACAAAAUCGGAGUGCGAGGAUGCCGCUCAGGGAGAGUAAAGUUGGGAGGGACAGGAGCAACACCCCCGAGGUGGAUAGUGAUAGGGUGCUAGGUGGUGAAGGGCAUGGGAUGGGGAUGGAGGAGCAGUUCGAGAGGUUGAGUGUUAAUGGUGCAGGUGCGAGGGAGAGAAGUCCUACUAAGAAAGUGAAGAAGCUUGUUGCGAGGAAGUGGGAUUUGCUUGAUGAGGGGGACAUGCUUUGAUAUCCUAUAUUCUUGUCGGACUGGCAAAAUCAUUCUUCUUGUAUGCAGCAGCCACUUAAUUUUUGGAUUUAGGAGUAAGAAUAGGGGUAGGUGUAGAUUUCGGAGGCUGUUUCUCGGGGUUAGGUGCCAUGGUUCUUCCUUUCCGUAUUCCCAUGGAAGGGUUGACUAUGAAUUUUAAUGGGACAAACUCUUUACCUGUUCUCUAUUUUUUUUUUGAUAUCUGAUACCAGGAAAAUGC